UCAUACAUACAAAAUACAAUACAACAACAAAAGAUGAGCCACCACCGCGACAGAACCCGCAGAGCCUCAUCAUCAGAGAACAUUCCCCAUAGAGCAACCCCUCCAGUCGUAGCUGUGGACCCUCGACGUCGCUCCCGUACGGUAGACCCUGCUCCCGCUCCUAGGAGAGAGCACCAUGAUCCCACCCAGAGAACGAACCAUGCUCCGGAUCCUAGGAGAUCAGCACACUAUGAUGCCACCAGGAGAACGGACCAUGCUCUCGUUCCCCAAAGAGCGAUCACUGUAUGCAGAGGUCCUCGCUACGUUGCCGUUGGAAUUGAGCAGCUCGAAGCUGCCAAGGCUGAAUAUAGGGUGGUAAAGACAGAAUUGGAUAGUAUGGCUGAUAUGGAGCUUGAAGCUCGGAUUAUUUUCGAACAACUUGAGGGCCAGCUUCAUCGUGCGGGAAGGAGAUUUGCUCCGGGCGAGCUUCCGUUCCAAGAAAGCCCUCCUCGCCAGCGUCAUCUUCAGAGAGCAGUCUCUGCAGUCAUCAGAGCUGUGGAGCCUCGGCCUCGUACCCAUGAAGCGACCGUUAUAUACCAAGCUGAUGAAGCCCGAGCUGUUUGGGUUCGCAUUAGGAGGAUGAGAGCAGAUCUGGCGCAAUCACGUUCUAAUGAGCGUGAACUACGGAUUAAUAUUGAACAAGCUGAGGAACAGCUUCGUAGGGUGGGGAUCACACCUGUUCGAGGUUCGCUUCAGUCCACCACUCUAAUAACCCACCGAAGGAGAUAGUUUCUAAAGUUCUCAUCCACGUUGUAAGACCUAAAAAAUAUUUUCCUUGCCUUCUUCUAAGUUGUAAUAAUACGUUUGAUAUAUAAUA